ACGUAAAAACAACACCAACAUACGUCAAGAAGAAGGAAGGAAAGCAGUGCAGAAUAAUUGAAAACUUUCUUUUCCUACACCAAAAUUAAAGCUUUGUAUCGUGUUUUCGAUACGUAAUGUGACGCGUGAUUUGGAGCGCCUUUUGCCUUUGCAAAGUUGGGCCUUGCUGUUUGGUCCAGAAGAAUACGUUCCAGCGUAGAGAAUUUCAUCAGCAAUGAAUGAGUGAGUCAUCGACGGUGCCAGAAUCAUCCGAAUCGUAAUGCAAUCCUGUGUGUUAGUGUUGUUGUCAGUCACUCUGGAACAAAACCAGUUCGUAUGCGUAUGUUCCACAACUCAGGCCGAGCCACUUUUACAUAUUGGAACAACUUUGAUGUCGUUUACAGAUUGCAGGAAGCAAAGUAUGUGAACCAGCAAAGGCCAUACGUUAAUAAUUACCGGCAGCAGUACCCAUAAUCCGCCAGGCUGGUGACGUGAGUAGUAAAGAAAAAAGGGAAACAAGACAUUGUGCCGUGGUGACCAACAGGAAGGCUGGACGUCGUUCCUUUUGCACGUCUUAUCGAAAGCUUAAGCCUGUAAGAUACGUAAGCAACAUCAAGGUGGAGGUGGUGUUUGACUCCACGUCCUAGCGUUAGUGUAAAAUGUCCGAUACAAAAGUGAUAGCUGAAACCAACGUACAGCAAACGGAAAAUCUGCGGGAAGAUACAAGCCGGACCGAAGAGGUAACAGCACCACCAUCAUCGGUAGAAGAGAUUCAUGUUGCAGGGCCUACCUCAAUAACGACAACAAUAGAAGCUUCGCCUGCUGCAACUAUCGUUCCAACCGAUAUUUCUAGCACGGGAGAAACCCCGUCCAUUGGUACCGGGACCCCGGAACAACCUGCGUCCGGUGGGAUAGUACUUCCAAUUACAACGACCUCCUCCUCCUUAGCGACUGCACCAGUCCGUGGACCAAGCGUAGAGCGUCAGACAUCGGUUGGUUCGAUAGACAGUACGUCCAUGUCGAUCGGUGCUGGUUCGAGCAACGGCAGUGGACCGGGUGGAUUUCGCAACUCGCUGAGCAAUGGACGGAUGUUCAGCCGGUUUAUGUCGGCGGGACGCGGUCGAGGGGCAAACAAUCAUAGGGCAACUACGCGAAGAGGUUCCAACUUUAGCAACGUUAUGUUUAACGAUUUGAUGUCCCUGCUGCAACAGGCGCGACACCCUGUCAAUUUGUUCUCCUCGGAUCGAACGGGGCUGUUCGUAAAUUCGGAAAGAUCACACGGCACCGGAACUAGCACACCUCCGAUGAUGGGCAACGGUGCGAAUGGGAAUGCAAUCGUUACCAGCAGUGACGUUGUGAUUGAUGUGGACGAAGGAAGCGGUACGACCGGCGGUGGAGGCUCUUUACGUUCAUCCCACAACGAACUAUACCCGAUGUCACACUCUUCUUCCGCGGUGAAUGCAAACGUUCGUCCAUUUUUCUGGGUUCAUUCGGGCGAUGAAAAUGCACCAGCCGCAGGCCCCCCUAUGGGUGGACGUUCACCUUUAUUUAAUUUUAACAACAGCCACCACCAUCACCACUUUCACAAUCAUCAACCGUUGUCAUCGCACCACCAGCAGUCGGCUGCAGGGCUAUCCGCUGCUACAACGGCGUCGAUGGCUUCCCAGUCUCCCAUAUCCGCAGGCGGCGUUGAAGGUGGCGUUCCUUCGAUGAAUGGUGAAUCAGCGAGGAUCGGUGUUUUGCUAACGCCUACCACGGGAAAUGCGCCUACCAUUGGAGCUGCGGGUACUACGCGGAGUAAUAGUAUUAGCUCUAAUCAGCAGAACGAAGAUCCCACUGACGACGCACUCAAUCAGCUGCCCGAAUCCCGCGCCUUAAUCGAGGCCGUGGGGCGUUACAUGCCAUUGUUGAUAAUCAUUGUGGCCAAGCUGUCUUAUGACCAUCUUGAUGGUAUAAUGCACUUCUUGCUGCUGCUACUGACGUUCUAUCACUCAAACUGGGUCGUGCGACAAGAAAUCUCGAAACAAAAGCAACGACGCGUUAUCGUGCUGCUGCGUGAACUGAUUAUCCUCGUUCUCGCUUUGCUAAUACUUGGACUUGUAAUGGAAUGGAAGAUCAUCUGUUUGGUGAUACUGUUUAUACCUGACCACAUGCAACAGGGGUCGCUGAAAGGAUUACUGUUUGCCGUAUGCAUAACGGACCUGAUACUGAAGCUGAUCAUUAUUGUAAUCAAAAUCAUCGUCACCCUUAUGCCGCCGAGCGUGGUCGAUUACAAAAGUAGGGGUAAGGUGUACUUGAUGAUAGAAGCGCUCUCCCAACUAUAUCGUGCCGCAGCCCCAAUUCAGCCAUGGUUAACAUUUUUGUUCGAAUCGUACUCCGGUUCGGAAAAGAUGGUUGGAGUUAUUUUGUCGGCAGUAUAUAUCGUGGCAAAAUCUACCGACUUGCUUGAUAGGAUCAAGUUCUGUCGGCGAUCGUUUAUUAAAUUGCUUCAAAAAACGAGUUAUGGAAACGUACCUACCAAGGAACAGCUGCAAGCGUGCGGUGGACAGUGCUCGAUCUGUCAUGAUAACUUCAAUUCGCCGGUGUUGCUAGAGUGUAACCACAUCUUCUGUGAGCUGUGCGUUGGCACAUGGUUCGAUCGAGAGCAAACGUGUCCCUUGUGUCGCGCAAAAAUCGUUGACGAUCCUUCCUAUAGAGACGGAGCUACCACAUUAUUUUUGCAGCUAUACUAAACGUUCGGUAGAGCGGAAAAUGGUAAUCGAAACUCCAUUCAUGGUUUUGUAAUUAAUGUAUUUUUCAGCACAUUUGUUUGUUAUGUUCUACUGGGUGUAUGAUGCAUUAAAUUGAAUAAUGUAUUCGUUUAAGAUGAUGAGUAAAAUUCCAAAUGCUGGCGAUUAAGGAUAUCCAUACUUUUUACCGUACCGUGCAUUUUAAACUCGAUAAUCAAUUCAAACUUAGUCGUUUGUGAUUGCGCCGUGAUUAUACUAAUUCACCAACAAUACAAAGGGUGGUUCAGUGUGGUGAGAACAGAAGCAGAAGUGAGUUCGUUUUACUAACCCCUUAUAAUAAGCAAACAAAAAACUAGACUUAUAUCAGUUUAAAAAUGGUAUUGAAAGAUAGGUACACCGAACUGCACACAGGUAUGUUAGGAUUCUGCGAUAGCGUUUAAAUAUUGUGAAACAUUAGUCAUAAUUUGUUGCGAUACACUGUAAACCAUUAAAAACUGUAAAAUGGAAUAAUCUGCAAUCAAUAAAGUGGUCCAUAUCUUGUUUAUGGAUUUGUUAAACAUUA